AUGGUCCGCUGGCUCGCCGAGCGAUCCAAGACAGGCAAGGAAUCUCUCUACUCCUUGGGUGUGGGCGAGGCUGAGAAGCUCCGCAAUGAGAUCAAGGAGCUGCAGGAGCCCGGGACGGACGAGAUCAAGGUCCUGUCAGACAAGGUGGGAGAAGCGAAGGCCAAGGGUGCUGAAACCACGCCUGAGGCGCCUGAGGCCGCUGUCUCGGGCGAAGCCACCGAGAAACCACCCCCGGCGCAGGAGGACAGCGAUGAAGACGAGGACGACUUUGGAGAUGAAGACGAUGAUUGGAAGCCACCAACCGCCUAUAUGAAGAAGGGACAGCGAGGCUCGGUCUCCGCAGAGGCCUACGGCGCCUUCAACGAGAAGAAGGCCUUUGAGCCACCGGUCUAUGAGAAGAGCACAGAGCAGGAGUCCCGCAUCAAAGAUGUCCUGUCCAAGAGCUUCUUGUUCAAUGCCCUCAGCAAAGACGACUUGAAGGUGAUUCUGGAUGCCUUCUUAGAGAAGAAGAUCCCCGCCGGUGAACGCAUCAUCCAGGAGGGUGACGACGGUGAUGUGAUGUUCCUCAUUGAGUCUGGUGCCUUUGAUUGCAUCAAGAAGAUUGACGGUUCGGACAAGGUGGUGAAAAAGUGUGGACAAGGCGAUGUCUUUGGCGAGUUGGCGCUGCUGUACAACUGCCCACGCGCCGCCUCAGUCGAGGCCACGGAGGAAGCCGUGGUGUGGCAGCUGGACCGUGAGACCUUCUCGCACAUCGUACGCGACGCGAGCGCCAAGCGCCGCGAAGCCUUUCAAGACUUCCUGACACUUGGACAAGUGGUGGUGAUGGUGGGUUCGGUUGGUUUCAUGGUUGAGAAGACUGUGCCUUUGUUCAAGACUUUGGAGAGCUAUGACUUGAUGCAAUUGGCCGAUUGCUUGCAGCAGGAGGGCCUGGAAGCUGGACAGAAGAUUAUCAACCAGGGCGACCCAGGAGACACCUUCUACAUUGUGGAGGAGGGCGAACUCGUGGCCACCAAGAAGCGUGCGGAUGGCAGCAACGAGGAGGUCUUGGACUACAAGCGCGGGGACUUCUUUGGCGAGCUGGCGCUCAUCAAGAACGAGCCCCGUGCCGCCACGGUGGAGGCCAAGACCGCGUCCAAGAUUUGCAGCUUGACGUUGGUGGAGGUGAAUGGUGCACUCGGGUGGAUUGAUUUGCUCUUCAAAAACCAUUUGCAGGUGGGGUGA